AGAGAGAAAUUGCAUAACAACUUUUGCAUCAGUCACGCAAACAAGCACGACGUCGUCGCGGUUUCCAAAUCUACGACGGGAGCGAACAGUAGUUCCGUGUGAUGUCUUGAAGGGAUUGCAUUACGCUUAGAAGUGGCAGCUGGUUCAAAAGUUCUUUGGAAUAGUUUCGUGUGUUUGAUGCUAACUACGUAGCACGCCGGUUCCCCAGGCUGCCUUCCUUUGGUCAAUAAUUGUGCUUCGUAAGCUGAAUGAAUCUGGGUGAUUUUUGUUACAUCGAAAUCGAAAGUGAAAACAGUGAAGCGGAAAAGGAAGUGCUCGAAGACGGCAAAUAGCAUUCAAAGAUGGGUAACAUAGAAGUCAACAAAAAAUUGCUGCCUAUGAAGGCGCACUACUUCUUGUUCAAUGCAGGCACUGCUCCGGUUGUACCCUUCAUGCCGACGCUGGUUCGUCAGCUUGGUUUCUCGACGGUCAUCGUUGGAACAAUCUACACCGUACUGCCGAUAGUUGGUAUGCUAGUAAAACCACUGUUCGGUAUCAUCGCCGAUCGCUUUCAGCGGCAAAAGCUACUCUUUCUACUAUUUCAGAUCCUAUCCGCUGUUCCGUUUUUCCUGAUCAUGUUCAUACCAGCAAUACCACAGGAGUCGACAGUAUCGUUCCACUGCCAUGAAGGCGCAUCUGAUCUACGAUAUUGCCCUCCGAAUGGGACCACAAUAGAUAGCUGCCUAACCGAUCGGAUAGUUAACGAUCCCACAAGCAAUUCAACCCUACUGGCAUGCCAGAUGGAUUGCAAAGCAGAGCCAUGGAUGUGGGAAACAAUCUGUACAUAUUGGAAAGUUGAAAAGUAUUGUGACGCCCACAACAUACCCACGGAUAAUCGUCUACGAAUGACGGGUUUGGUACCAAUGAAUCAUAUCGAACUUCUCGAUAACUGCCUAUUCUUUAUGCUCAAAUCGGCUGAACUGGACGGCAACCAGGUGCCUUUGUAUUGUCCUGCCAAUACGACCGAUUUCAGAACUAGCUGCCAGGUGACGUGUAACAAUUCGGAUAUUAUGGAAGCUGUUACCGAAACGAAGAUUGAGGACAGUGAAGCCAAGCGGCUAUAUCAGUUUUGGUUACUGUUUUUGUUCCUAAUUCUUAGCUGGGCCGGUAUGGCCGUGGUUGUCAGCGUGGGCGAUGCGAUAUGUUUCGACAUGCUAGGAGAUCGGCCUCACUUGUAUGGUAACCAAAGGUUAUGGGGCUCGAUUGGUUGGGGAACGUUCUCGCUGCUGGCCGGAUUUCUGGUCGAUCACUUCUCUAACGGUAAAGCCAGCAAGGACUACACAGUCGUGUUUUAUAUGACUGUAAUUA